UCACACUUUUCUCAUUCAUCGUACUACAAUAUUAUUAUGAUCGUGCGUAUAGUAUAAUCGCCAAUAUUGGUCGCCAUCAGUGCUUCAUUUCGUGAAUGGUAUUCCGUACGAUGUCCGGAUGAUUGUGGUCUAGACGUGUCUACAACGUCCUUUGCGGUCAUCGGUGGUUCGAAACUCCUUGCGGAUCAUACAAAUCUGUCACCACUCGGCACUCACCAAUGCAUCAAUGCAUAUUUGUGCAGGUCCGUGGCCCGAUAUUCUUUCGCCAUCGUUACCGUUGACGAUUAAGUGUUCGUGUUAAAACAUUCAUUUUGACUCUUCGUGAAAUUCGGCACGGAAGUGAACUGGAAAGUUGAAGUUGUUAGGAUGAUCUGGUACGGUUAUUUGUAUCAAAUAGCGUCUGGGCUUCUAGCUUUGUGGAUGUUGAAAGUCACUUACUUUUUCAUAAAACGUAGAUAUAGAAAAUCUUCGGUAAUUGAUAAAAAUUCUGCAAAAGAAAACAAUAUUUAUACAAACAGUGAAAAUGUAUAUAACGAAUCUUCCUCAGAAAGCUUGAAUUUAGAAAACGAAAAAAAAAUGAUGGAUAUAAAUAACAUUACGGCUUGUAGUGGCUACAGCUCGACUGAAGAUGAAAUGCAGGAAAGUAACAACUACACUACAUCUCAAGAUGUGUCAGACACCUGUAAACUAAAAUGUGAUUCACAUUCAUCGAUAAUUUCGUGGGAGUCUUGUAAUAAAGAAAUCAGCCACGCGGAGUCAGACGUUGCAAAUAGCCAGUCUUCAGAAACUCAUACAGAAAUAUGUCAACCGCUUGAUCUAUGCAUUAGGGACAAAAAAAACAAAACAGGAAUGAAUUCUAGAACAUACUUCACAGACAGAAAAUAUAAAAGAACAAAAUGCAUACAAAAGGUUAACUCUGAAAAAUAUUCAAUUACAGAAACGAUUGAAGAUUAUGAACAGGGCUCCUUAAAUUUUGAAAAAAUGAAGGAUUUGGACAAUGUUGAUAAUAAAGAACACUCAGUAAAUAAUGACAAACUGGAAUACAAUUUGGAGAUCACGGAACUUUCUUCCAUAUACCAUAAUGAAUACAGUUUGGAUGAUACAGAACAUGAACUGGAGACUGAAAACAAUUUGGAGAUCACAAAACUUUCUUCUAUACACCACAAUGAAUGCAGUUUAGAUGAUACAGAACAUGAACUGGAGACUGGAAACAAUUUGGAGAUGACAAAACUUUCUUCUAUACACCAUAAUGAAUACGGGUUGGAUGAUACAGAACAUGAAUUGAAGGAAAAAAUUUAUUCGGAGAUCUUAGAACUCUUUUCUGUAGACAAUGACGAAAACAGUUUGGAUGACACAGAAAGUGAACUGAAAGUUGAAAACAAUUUGGAGAUCACGGAACUCUCUUCAAUACAUUGUGAAGAAUUGGAGGAUAAGCAUAGUUUAGAUAAUACAGAACAUUCCUUAAACAAUGAUGAAGUGAUGCUUGGAAAUGAUUUGGAGACAACUAGAAUCUCUCCGAUAUAUCAAGAUGAGCAACUUUAUGAAUUAAAUAUGGAGACCCCGGAACACUCCUUCAUAAAUAAUGAUAUAAGCAUUUCUGGUAUCCAUAGUCCUAAUAUCAAAUGUAAUCUUGAUUAUGAGGUUCCAGACAGCAAAGGGAUUAAUAUUACUUCUUCUUCUGAAUGUACAGAAUCAUUUCCGAGUCCAAUAUUCAACAACGAUAGUUCAAUUGACGAUAUUCGGUAUGUGGAAGACUACAACGAUAUAAGCUUUUUUGAUCCAAUGUUAUCAGAUGAUGCCUUAAACGAAGCUUUUGUAGAAGAUCAAAAUAGUUUUGUAUCAUAAGAUUUCAAACUAUUGUAACUUAUAUCUUGUUAAAUGAAAACUGUUACCUCAGAAGUGUAUAAAUUCUGAAUACAUUUUUUUAAGCCAUAAUAUACAAUACAUAUCCAGUUAAUAAACAUAAUAUUAUAGUUUCA